AUGCUCCUCAUCUUUGCAUUCCUGAUGGCGCUGGUGUCUGCCGUGCCUGACACGCUUGCACGCCACUCGCAGUACUCGACGAGGCCAUCCCUGGAGGUUCCUGCCUGUCCUACUACGGGCAGCAUUACUUACAACACUUCGGUUCCGGACAAGGGCUUGUUUCCCUCGACGCAGGUCGAUCUCUGUUAUGACGACAGCUCAAUUCAAAUCAAGUUCACUGCAUUCGAGGAGAAGGACUUCUACUACAAUCAAAGCCUUACCACGAAUGGAGAUAUCUACAAUUAUGAGGUGAUGGAAGCCUUUAUCUACCGCGGUACCAAUGACCCUCAAACCUAUCUCGAGUUCGAGGUUGCCCCCAACAACGUCACUUUCCAAGCCUUUAUCUACAAUCCCUCGAAGAUUCGCGCGGCCGGCGCUGCCUUUGACCGCUUCUACAUCACGGAUCUGGCCGCGGACGGUAUUACUGCUAGUACGACCCUUGACUACGCCGACGAAUUGUGGGUUUCCGAGGCCCAGAUUCCGCUGGGCCUCUUCAAUGUCGACAAUGGCACAGCCCAAGGCACAGAGUGGCGAAUGAACUUCUUUCGCACCGUCACCGGCCCUUCGACAUUCCCUAAUCAGACCUAUGGGGCUUGGAGUCCGCCUGACAAGGUCAACUUUCACAUGACUCCUUUCUUCGGAGACGUCACUUUCAUCUAG